AUCCAGGCAUCCGGGCAGGGGCCGCCACGGACCAGAAUUUAACGGAAACCCCCCUUUCAUUUCCUCUUCCUCGCUUCCCGGAUCCAUCCGUUUCUUUCCAUACUCAAUUCAUUCCCGUUUCGUUCCUCACCAACUCCUCCCUCCUUCCAGAAUCCAGAGUCUCCGAUCCUCGGUUCAAAACCUACCAGAUUUGAGUCUGCAGGCGGCGCCGUCGUCGUAUGAACCCAAGGUCAGUUUCGGAGGAGAAAAAGCGAAUCUUUGGGCCCUUUUUUGCUGCGUGUUUCGCGAAUUCUGGGUGGCUGGGUUCCAUGGCGGCGCUGCUUUGCGUGCGCGUUUAAUCUGUUCGUGGAAAGGCGUCCAUACGUUUCUGCUGGUUUCAUCGACCAACAGGAGUCGGAGUGCUGCGAACGCUGUCAGCUCACGAGUCUGGAGGUGGGCAAGUUGAGCAAAGCUGAAGGCCUGUCCCUUAUUUUGCAAGGGUGGUGCUCAUAAGGAACCACCCCUCUUCUUUGCUGGCGAGCAAACACCAAAUGGCCCAGCUGUUGCACCACCAGGAUUCCGCGUUCUAUGGCAAGGAAUUACAUGGGUGCCGAUGGGGCAUUCUUCAGUUCUUUGGAUUUCGGGGUCGCCUGCGGUCCAUGAAGAUGCUAGCUGACAAGAAACAUGGUCAGCGGAAAAGCAGUGGUGGAGGUAGACGCCGAAGCUGCUAUGCGCCAUUGAAAAACGAAGACAGUGGCACCAUGGAUGAUGAGAAAAAUACUGAAAUUAGAAAAAAACAGAAGGCCUCAAAAAAGAAUUCUGGUAAAGCUAGUUUGAGGUCCUUUAUUCUAAAGAAAUUAUAUGGAAAGGAAGGUCAGAAAGAAAAGAUGCUUCCUGUUGCACCAAAGCUAUUGCGCACCAUUUCGAUACACUAUUUGGAAAGCAACGAAUAUGUUAUUGAUGGUGAAUCCGCUUCCAGUGGUGAUGGCUCUUCACAUAGUACUAAAUUGUCACUACAAAAUGCUACCGACACAAACUUGCGCCAUUCUACAUCUAGCAUCCCAGAUGGUUGUGUUAGUGAUUUAAGUUCUUCACUGCUCCUAAAAAGAGAUGACAGUCGUGUGAAGCGAAAGAGCCACCGUAGCAUUUCAAUGGAUGGAGUUCUUCAUAAGGUCCCUUAUGGAAAGAAGGUGUGCGGAGAUAUAAUCAGUGAAGGUCUCCCCCGAUCAGCCUCUGCCACGUAUGAUAGGGAUGGUCUGAAACCUUAUAUUGGUACUGCUGCAAAGAGGCAUGUAAAUCAAGGUUUUCGGCGUUCACGUUCACUCAAUGAAUCUUUGGAAGAUUACUCUCGUUUACUUGAUGCCAUUUCAAGUAGUGAAUCCAAAAGAAUACUGACUAGCUCUAAGUCUACUCGGGAUCAUUCUCUGGACGCCCCUGGUGUCAUGACUUCAUUGCAAAGAGCUUCUGAAGUUGAACUCAGAUCACAAGGUUUGGGUAGACUAGAUGAAAAUCCUGUAACUGCAGAAGAUGCCUUGGCACCGCAUGUUCAAGAGAAAACUGAUGCUGAUGGAGAUGCUGAAGUUACUAUGGAUGACAGUUCUGGUGAUGUAGUUGCUGGUGACCCUGAAAAACCUGCUUUUCUUGAAGAACACAUGAAUGAGGAAAAGGGUGAUGUUGCUGUUUCAGCUCAAGAAGAUUCUUAUAUUGUUCCUUCACCUUCAGAAGUCGUUGAUACUUCAGAAGAACAGGCAGCAACCUGUGAUAAUAAUGAUCAGGUUCCCUCAUCAGCUGAAUUUGAGUUGUGUGCUGCCCAUUCAAUGUCAGAAGAAGUUGGCAUCCUAGAAGAGCAUGUAGAAACCUGUCAUGAUGCUCAGAUCCACUCUUCAGUACAAGCAGAUUCAUGCACUACUCUUCUUUCAGAGUACACCAACAUUGCAGAAGAACAAACACCAACUUCUCAAGACAACCAAAUGCACGCGUUCCAGAUUCAAAAAUCAAUAAAAGGUACUUCUUGUGUUCCUGAUCCCAGUCACGAAUUCGAAGCUGACAUAAGUCUAAGUUGCAAGCAAGAAUCUGAAAGUCCAAUAUCUGUUCUUGACGUGGCCUUCUCAGAUGAUCCUGCUAGUCCGAUGAAAUAUACACUGCUGGAUGAUACAUCACUGAAGCCAAGAAUUCUCCAUUUAAAUGAUGCUGAUGUUUCAGUUGACACUGAUAUUGUGCAAGAAAGUGACUUUGGCAACCUGAAUGGCUUCGAAGUAGAUCCAAUCCACGAAGCAGAGUUCAACUAUGUGAAGGAUAUAUUCAAGAAGUCGAGCUUCAGCAAUGAAAUACUACUUGAUGAAUGGUACGCACAGAAUAUCGGAGCUCUCCAAGAAGAGGAUUGCCAACACUACGAAGCUGCUGCAGCAGUAUGUGACUUCACUGAUAUAUCUACUGAUCAGUUGCUUCUGUUUGAUUUGACAAACGAAGCGUUGCUCGACAUCUACAAGAAAUAUUCUGUUUCCAAGUCCAGAUUCUCCUGGUUCUCAUCUUCCGGUAGACCAAAACCCGUGGGACACCGUGGCCUCAAGGAGUUGUGGUCUAGAGUGAGCUGUCGUCUAGAUGAACGACCAUGGUCAAGCAUCGAAGUCGACAGUAUUUUGUCGAAGGACCUAGCAAAGAGCGACCACUGGAUGAAUUUUGAGAAAGAUGCUGAUAAUAUGGGGAACAAGGUGGCAGACUUUGUGUUUGACAAGCUUCUGACAGAGCUCGUUCUUCAGCUUGCAGAGUUUUGAGUCUAGCUAGUUAUUUUUUGUCCCGUUACAUUUUUUGGGGGGUUAGGAAUUCUAUAUUGAGCAAAGGCUUGGAAUCAUUCUGAUGUACAUACUACAGAUUCUUUUUGCAUCGGUGGAGGAAAACAUAAUCUGGGGAUUGGGGAGUACUGUUGUUAGGUGUUAGGAAUUCAAUUCAUGUGCUAGAAAGUUUUGCAUGCUGGUUACUAUAAAUGAAUGGAGGAAAUGUUCUUAAGUACUAUUUGUAUGUAUAAUCUUGAUAAAUAUGAUUAUUUGUCACCUUGUCAGGUAGGCAAAGGCAGAAAGAAAUGGCAGUUCGUGAA